GUGGCGCAGGGCCGGCGGGCGAGCGUGGAGGUGAGCGGGGCGAGCGGGGCGCUGGUGGUGAGCUCGCGGCUGGACCGGGAGGAGCUGUGCGGGAAGAGCGCGCCGUGCUUGCUGCGGCUGGAGGUGCUGGUGGAGCGUCCGCUGCGCGUCUUCCACGUGGAGCUGGAGGUCACGGACAUCAACGACAACGCCCCCAUCUUCCCCGCCGCCAGAAAAAACAUCAGUUUUUCGGAGAAUUCCCUUCCUGGGUCCCGUUUCCCUCUGGAGGGCGCGUCGGAUGCAGAUAUUGGAGCAAAUGCCCAGGUCUCCUACACACUCAGCCCGAGCGAACAUUUUUCCCUGGAUUUGGAAAAAACCGAGGAGGACGGUGAAUCUUUAUUCCUGGUGCUCAGGAAAUCUCUGGACCGGGAGACGAUUGCCGUUCACCGGUUAUUGUUGAUGGCGAGUGAUGAGGGCCGACCGUCUCUGACAGGGACGAUGGAGCUGGUGAUCUCGGUGCUUGACGUAAACGACAACGCGCCCCAGUUCAACCAGUCAGUGUAUAAAGUGCAACUGCCGGAAAAUACAGAACGUGGCACUUUGGUGAUCAGACUAAGUGCCACAGAUUUGGAUGAGGGGACGAACAGUGAUAUCUCAUAUUCACUCAAGAUCCUGUUCCCGCAGGAUGGAAGAGACGCUUUCAGAAUUGACAGAGACAGUGCAGAGAUCCGUCUCACGGGUGACUUAGACUUUGAGGAUGUUGGUCUCUAUCGCCUGCAAGUGGAUGCAACAGAUAAGGGGACACCCCCGCUGUCGGGUCACUGCAAGGUGGUGCUGGAGGUGCUGGACGUGAACGACAACGCGCCGGAGGUGUGGGUGACGUCGCUGUCGGUGCCAGUGCCCGAGGACGCGUCGGUGGGGACGGUGGUGGCUGUGCUGAGCGUGUCGGACCGGGACUCGGGGGCGAACGGUCGUGUGCGGUGCUGGGUGUGGCCGUCGGGUCCGUUCGGUCUGGAGGCGACGUUCUCGGGGUCGUACUCGCUGGUGCUGCGGGAGGCGCUGGACCGGGAG